GACCGAGGACGUCAGGAUGGAGAGCGACGACGAGAGCGACUCUCCCGACAGCAUCGUGCCGGCCUCGUCGCCCGAGAGCGUCCUGGGCGAGGAGCUGCUGCGCUUCCCGCUGCUCAGCGAGGCCAAGCCGGAGCCGGAGGAGCGGGUGCUCUCGCCCAUCAUCCCCAUCAUCCCACGCGCCAGCAUCCCAGUGUUCCCUGAGACGAAGCCCUACGAGGCGGCGGAGCCCUCCGGAGCGCCUGCCGGGAAGGCGGGCACGGCGGGCCCGGGCGCCCCGUGGGAGAAGGCCAAGAGCAGCGAGGUCUCGGUCAUGCUGACGGUGUCGGCGGCGGCCGCCAAGAACCUCAACGGGGUGAUGGUGGCCAUGGCCGAGCUGCUGAGCGUGAAGAUCCCCAGCUCCUACGAGGUGCUGUUUCCAGACAGCCCCAUGCGAGGGGCCACAGGGGAGGCCAAGAAGGUGGAGACGGACAUGGCUGGGAUGCUCGGCACGAAGGAGAAGGCGGCGCUGGCCGGGAAGGGGCCGGACAGCGGCUCCGAGUGCUGCAACCGCAUCCGCUGCCCCAGCGUCUACCACUUCGCGUGCGCCAUCCGCGCCAAGUGCAUGUUCUUCAAGGACAAGACCAUGCUGUGCCCCCUGCACAAGCUCAAGGGCCCCUGCGAGCAGGAGCUGAGCAGCUUCACGGUCUUCCGGCGCGUCUACAUCGAGCGGGACGAGGUGAAGCAGAUCGCCAGCAUCAUCCAGCGCGGCGAGCGGCUCCACAUGUUCCGCGUGGGCGGGCUGGUCUUCCACGCCAUCGGGCAGCUCCUGCCGCACCAGAUGGCCGAUUUCCAAAGCGUCACGGCCCUCUACCCCGUGGGCUACGAGGCCACGCGCAUCUACUGGAGCCUGCGGACCAACAACCGCCGCUGCUGCUACCGCUGCACCAUCUGCGCGAACAACGGGGCGGGCGGCGUGAGUUCGUGGUGCAGGUCAUCGAGCAGGGCCUGGAGGACCUCGUCUUCUCCGACUCCUCGCCGCAGGGUGAGUUGCAAUCGGCUCCGCGGGUGCCAAAUCUUCCUCCAGGUUCCUGCCACGCGGUGA